AUGGAAGCAAGCACCCUCUCAUCCCGAGCUGACGCCCAAUGCCAGACAUAUUCGAAUAUUGUCUGGGAAGUACUCAAAGAUCUAUGGCACCCACAAGACAACCCGAAAGGAAUUGUCAACCUCGGAGUGGCAGAGAAUACCCUGAUGCACGCUGAGCUACAAGACUUUGUCAGGCGCAAUACGAGCAUACACCAACAUGCGUUCACGUACGGCGAUGGGAACUUCGGCAGCAAACGACUACGACGUGCAGUUGCACAGUUCCUGAACGAGCGUCUACGCCCAGUGCUACCACUCGAGGCGGAGCACAUAGUGGUGACAAACGGUGUUUCCCACGCAAUCGAACACUGCUCGUGGGCGUUGUGCAACAAGGGCGACGGCAUCCUUCUCGGACGACCCUAUUACAAGUCAUUCAUCGCCGAUAUCUCUCUUCGACCGGAAGUCGAGGUUAUCACUGUGAGCUUUGGUGGACUUGACCCCCUUGGUACGGAUUGCGUUAAGAGAUAUGAAGAGGCGGUCCUUAGCGCCAGGCAACGCGGUGUCGUCGUGCGAGGACUCAUCCUUUGUAACCCACAUAAUCCCUCAGGUCGUUGCUAUCCCGAGGAGACAAUUAAGGAGCUGAUGAAGUUAUGCCAGCGCCACAGAAUACAUUUCAUUAGUGACGAGAUAUACGCCCUGUCCACUUGGGAGAAUAAAGAGGAAACCUGGGACUCUCCUCCAGUGCCUUUCAUUUCAACCCUGGCGGUCCCGACUGAUGGGUUAAUUGAUCCAGAGCGCGUGCAUGUUUUGUGGGGUAUGAGUAAGGAUUUCGGGGCUAAUGGGCUCCGGGUUGGGUACCUUAUUUCUCAACACAAUCGCAAUCUUCACACGGCGCUGCAAUCCGUUGCUCUGUACUCUUAUGUGUCGUCCAUCUCAGACCACCUUGCCGCCGCGAUUCUCGAGAAUGUGGAUUGGGUUGACAGGUAUAUCGAAAGCAACCGGCAAAAACUGUCUGAAUCCUUUAGCUUUGCAGUUCGCUUUUUGAGACAACAGGGAAUCUCGUAUACGCCCGGUGCCUAUGCGGCGUUCUUUCUAUGGGUUGAUUUGGGUAGAGCAUAUUGCGAGAGACACCCGGAGUCAUCAACGUCGAGGGACUUAAACACGAAGAUUAGCAGGCGAUUGAUAGAGGAGAAGGUGUUCAUUGCGAAUGGGACGAUCUUUGGAUCCGAAAAGGAGGGGCUUUUUCGGGUUGUCUUUUCUCAUCCCAUUGGAUAUCUCGAAGAGGGGCUCAAGAGGAUGAUGAAAGCGAUAAAUAACCAUGCUUGCGUCCAAUGA